AUGGCCGCGCCGCACCACACACAUUUCUCUGAGGACCCCCCUCAGGUCCUGAAUCAAAGGGAUUUGGACCUUGCCAAUGAGAGGCUCAAUGCCAAUGGCUCGCAAACUGGCAACGGGUCCAGCACGGACAAUAUCGAGAAGCAGGAAGAUGCCAACCUGCCUACUGGCACCGACAACAAGCUGGAGAAGAUGGGUACAUAUGACAAGUACGAGAUUACGGAAGAUGACUGCUACGAGGACCUGGGCUACUGCUAUCCCAAGUGGAAAAAGUGGUACAUCCUGACCGUCAUCUUCUGGGUUCAGGUAUCAAUGAACUUCAACACCUCUCUGUAUUCCAAUGCCAUUCCCGGCAUCUCAGAGGAGUUCCAUGUUAGCGCACAGGCGGCACGAUGUGGUGCCAUGAUCUUCUUGGUACUCUACGCCUUUGGCUGUGAGCUGUGGGCGCCCUGGUCCGAGGAAUUCGGUCGCUGGCCCGUCUUACAGCUCUCUCUGUUCCUUGUCAACAUCUGGCAGCUUCCCGUCGCGCUGGCUCCCAACUUUGCCAGCAUCAUGGUCGGUCGUGCUCUCGGCGGUCUUUCUUCUGCUGGUGGCUCUGUCACCCUGGGUAUGAUUGCCGACAUGUGGGAGGCCGAUAACCAACAGUAUGCAGUCGCAUAUGUCGUCUUCUCUUCCGUCGGUGGAUCCGUCUUGGGUCCCAUUGUCGGUGGUUUCACCGAGAAGUAUCUUGACUGGAGAUGGUCCAUCUGGGUUCAGCUUAUUUUGGGUGGAUUUGUACAGAUCCUGCACUUCUUCACCGUCCCUGAGACCCGUACCACCAUCAUCAUGAACCGCAUUGCCAAGAAGCGUCGUGAGCAGAACAACGAGAACAUCUGGGGACCUGAUGAGCUUGUCCCAUUCCGCGAUCGCUUUUCUGCCAAGGAGGUCAUCACCACCUGGAUCCGUCCUUUCAAGAUGUUCCUCACUGAGCCCAUUGUCUUGGUGCUUUCUCUGCUCUCUGGUUUCUCCGAUGCUCUCAUCUUCAUGUUCAUCCAAUCCUUCGCCUUGGUCUACAAGCAGUGGGGAUUCGGCACCGUUGAGAUCGGACUGAGCUUCAUCCCCAUCGGUAUUGGCUAUGUCAUUGCCUGGAUUCUCUUCAUCCCUGCCAUUAAGCGCAACAUCAAAGAACGAAAGGCCAAGCCUGAUGAUGAGCGCGCCCAGUACGAGUCUCGUCUUUGGUUCCUUCUGUACACUGCCCCCUGCUUGCCGAUUGGUCUCAUUGGCUUCGCCUGGACCAUUCAGGGCCCUCCUAUCCACUGGAUCGGCUCCAUGAUCUUCGUUGCGAUUGUCGGUAUUGCAAACUACGCCAUUUACAUGGCCACCAUCGAUUACAUGAUUUGCGCCUAUGGCCCUUACUCUGCUUCUGCUACCGGUGGCAACGGUUGGUCUCGAGACUUCCUGGCUGGUGUCCUCACCAUUCCUGCGACUCCCUUCUUCACCAACAUCGGAGCGUCAAGUGGCAAGAACUUGGAAUACGCCAGCACCAUCCUCUUCUGUAUCGCCUUCAUUCUGGUACUUGCCGUGUACGUUAUCUACUGGAAGGGCCCGACCCUCCGUAAGCGAUCGCCCUUUGCUCAGCGACUGGCCGACGCUCGUGCUGAGAACGCCAACGAGGGCCGUCGUGGCAGUGCUUCAAUCGACCCCAUGCGCCGAGAUACAGCGUCCCACUCAUCUAGUACCGCUGCCCGACCUCAACCUGACAGGCGAUACAGCCAGCAGAACCGCUUCUUCGGCGAGAGCAGAGUCACUCCUCGUGGCACUCCUAGAGGCACCCCUGCUGCUAGUCGUCGCCAGUCUCUUGCCAAUGUCGCAAGAAAAUAA